CAAAACUCAACGCCCACACACAUACCAAACGUAAAAGAAAAGAAAAAUAAAAAUAAAAGAAGAGGACCUGACAUUUUUUUUCUUCAAAAAAGACCCAACUGUUUUUAUUUUCUCUCAUAACCCUAGAUUUUCUCUCCUCUACAAAUUUUCUCGAGAAAAUGGCAAAUGCAGCGUCCGGGAUGGCUGUGCAUGAUGAAUGCAAACUGAAGUUUUUGGAAUUGAAGGCAAAAAGGACGUAUCGCUUCAUUGUUUACAAGAUUGAAUUGGUACAGAAGCAGGUUGUUGUGGAAAAGGUAGGUGAACCAACUGAAAGUUACGAGGCUUUUGCUGCCAGCCUUCCUGCUGAUGAGUGCCGAUAUGCUGUUUAUGACUUCGAUUACGUGACAGCUGAGAAUUGUCAGAAGAGUAGGAUCGUUUUCGUCGCAUGGUCUCCUGAUUCCGCUAAGGUGAGAAGCAAGAUGAUUUAUGCGAGCUCGAAAGACAGGUUCAAAAGGGAGUUAGAUGGGAUUCAGAUCGAGUUGCAAGCUACUGAUCCAACCGAGAUGGAUCUCGAUGUUAUUAGAAGCCGAACGAAUUGAAAUGUUGCGAUACCUACAAUGUGCUAUGGAGAGCCUAUAUAUUGUGGCUAAUGAAAAGUCUCUACUGUUUAUAUAAUUUGAACUAGAAUUUUACUUCUUCAAGUCUUUUAUUAUAUUUGUGGAUCAUGGGAUGGUUAUAUCCCCUUUCAGUGUGAUAUUACUCAACAGUUCAUGUGA